UUAUAGUGUAAGUAGUUUCGAGCAGUUUCGACAAAAUGCUUUUCUGACUUUCGCUUUAAGUUUAUACUUUAAAGGGAUUAAUUAUGGGCACCGCCGUCUCUGUCGAAACAAACUGGUUUUACUUGAAUCAAGCGCAGAUAUCUCUCCAGAAUAGAGGCGAGCGUAACCGUUCCGAAUGAUAAUUUCUCAUACAAAUCUUACCAGGUAGGGAGCUGUUAUAUAAUAACGAUUUACCUCUAUUGCAAUGUUGUUUAUUAAAAUUACGUUUAUACAAAGUCCAUUUCUUUAUCAGUAUUCAUUUGAGAAUCAUUAAAUUUAAAAUUGUAAAUAAAAAAUGAGUACUUCCACAUUAGGACGUGUAGUUCUUUCCAAAUUUCUGGGAAAUAAAUCGAAUUUUAAAUAUAAUCAAGUAACUAAAAAUGUGAGGUUAUUCAGUGCAGUAGCGGAUAACUUCGAAUUCAUUAAACUAUCAAAAACUGGAGAACAACAAAACAUAGGAUUGAUCCAAUUAAAUAGACCAAAAGCACUCAACGCUCUCAACAAUGGUUUAAUGGAGGAAGUAGGAAAAGCACUGGAAAAACUAGACUCUGAUUCGUCCGUUGGCGCUAUCGUAAUUACAGGAAAUGAGAAAGCCUUCGCCGCAGGGGCAGAUAUCAAGGAAAUGGCCAAUAAUACGUUUGCCCAAUGUGUUGGUGGUAAUUUUCUUGAAAGCUGGACCAAAGUGUCAUCUACCAGAAAACCUUUAAUCGCCGCUGUCAAUGGAUACGCAUUAGGAGGAGGUUGUGAGUUGGCAAUGAUGUGCGAUAUAAUAUAUGCUGGCGAAUCUGCGAAAUUUGGACAGCCCGAAAUUCUUAUUGGAAUAAUUCCAGGAGCUGGAGGUACACAAAGAUUAAUUAGAUCUGUAGGAAAAUCCAAGGCUAUGGAAAUAGUCUUAACAGGAAACCAAGUUAAUGCACAAGACGCUGAAAAAAUGGGUCUCGUUAGCAAAGUAUUCCCUGCGGAUAAACUGCUAGGCGAAACAGUGAAACUGGCGGAGAAGAUAGCCAGCAAUUCUCAAAUUACUAAUGCAAUUGCUAAAGAAUGCGUCAAUGUGGCAUUGGAAUCGACGCUGAAAGAGGGUUUACGUUUCGAAAAAAGGAUGUUCCACGCAUGUUUCGCCACCAAGGACCAAAAAGAAGGAAUGGCAGCUUUCGUUGAAAAGAGAAAGGCAAAAUUCACAAAUGAAUAAUUUUUAAAUGUACUUUAUACACUCAUUGAAAGAAAUAUACUUAUUUUGUAAUAAAUAUUCGUUAUAUAGGGUGCACAACUUAAAAUGAAGUACAU